AUGAGAAGUGCGCCGGUGGCCAAUAAUACAAAUGUUACUGAUCCGAUGUCAGUAAAAACAAAAUCUAAAUGUACAUCAUCAUUGACACGAUCAAAAUUUGAAUGGAUAAAAUUGAUAUCGACCAUACUGGUUCCAUUAAUGAUUGGUGUGUUUACAAUCGUAACAACGGUACAACAAAUACAAACAGAUGGACAAAAUCGUCUAAAAGAUAUACAAAUAGCUUAUGAUCAACGUCAGCACGAUUUGUUUUUAGCUAGUGAAUCACGGAGAGAAUAUUUAUUUGAUAAAUAUCUGAAUGAUGUAUCGUAUUAUGUACAACUCGGUGAAAACCGUAGCAGCACAGAUAAAAUAACAAUUCAUUCAAAAACAUUGGCAGUAUUUCGACAAAUGGAUCCACGACGUAAAGGUGAUGUAAUACGAUCAUUACUCGAACAGAAGUUGAUCUAUUGGCAAUCUAAUGAUCAAUUCGAUAUGUCUGACAAUGAUUUAAGCUAUACUGAAUUCGAUCAGAUGGUCACGCUAGAUGGUCUUCGCUUAGAAAAUCUUCGGUUAAAUAAUGUUAAAUUUAUUAAUUUGCAUUUACGCAAUUGUGUAUUUAGAAACUCAAUUUUAACAGGAUCAAAUUUUACGAAUUCAAUCAUUACUGAGAUAGAUUUUAGAAAUACAGAAUUAGAUCACACUGAUUUUACUCAUACAACAAUCACACACACAGAUUUUACAUCGGCUAAUUUAAAUCGCUCUAAUAUUCGAGUGGAUGAUGAAGCAGGAAAUAUUUUUGAUUUUAUUAUUCUUCCAAAUGGAACAUACAAAUUGAAUAAUAAAAAACCAAUUAUUAAGAAUGGUGGUGGUGAAUCCGAGAUUCAUGGAUGGCUAAUAAAACAUGGAGAAAUUGUUAGUAUUAAUUAUCAUGCAGAAAAUAGCAAGUUAAAAAUAAACGAUACAGCAAAAUAUGGUGAUCAUUAUUUUUCGCAAAAAAUUAGCAAUGAUGAAGAUGAUGGAGCUGUAAUUGUGCAAUAUAUUCAACUUGAUAAUUAUUAUCGUUUGAUUAAGAAUGAACAAGCUGAAUAUCAUCUAUCUGCAUGGCUUGGUGGUGUAACUUAUAGAGAAGAUUAUGCUAGUAUUAAAUGGAGUUUUGAGCCGGUUAUGCUAUCAGAGGAUCAUGGGAUGUUAGAUCCCGUAACAAAUUUACAUCGUCAUAAUAUGACACAGUUACAAUACCGAUGCGUCAAUGGUUUUGUGCCAAAACAUGCAAUGUUAUUUGCCAUAUGUGUUUACUUUUAUCAUUUCAACACUACUGAUGCUGCCGCCGACAGUUCUGGUUAUAGUUUUGUCGAUGAAAUUCAGUUGUAUAUAACAGCAAAAGCAAAACCAGUAAAGUAAAAACAUCAUCUCAAACAUGGUCCGUACAGAAUUUCACUGAUUAUCAUGGAACCGAUCAUGGAGAGAUAAACUUUAAUAAUGAAGUGCUUGUUUUAGCUCUGAGUAUGCUUCUGAAAGCUGCUAUGUAUUCUUUCAUGUUUUUCUGCAUGGUUAUUUAUUCUUGAAAACAGUGUAGAUCACGGGUAGAACGGUUCCCUCGUAAGUAAAUUCAACUGAAUUUGGGAGCCAACCAUAAAACACAUUUGUAUCAAAAGAAACUUUUUCCUUUAAUUGUUCUGGUUUGAUAUAAAUAAAAUUAUUUUCAGUCAAUUCACUGUAAAAUAUUUCCUUGACUGUAAAGUCUUAUUGAAAUGAGUAUGAGCGACCUUUAUGAUCGAUUCUAUUGAUCCAAACUUUCAUCUGAACUUUGUUGGAUGAAAAUGAUAUUCGCUUGGCUUUAGUCUGCGGUCUUACAAGAUGGUUGUCUGUGGGUCUGUGCGCAAAAUAUCGAAAAAUGGCUGUUACAUGGUUCAUCCCCUAUUAGAAAUGCGUUUUGGCGAAAUUUGCUUGAAAUUUCCCCUAAUUUUCCGAUUUUUUUCCCGGACGUAAUAGAAGACUACCGGUCUUCUAGGAGUUAUACAAGCGUAAAAAAAAAUCUAGUAUUGCCCGAUUCAUCUAGAUUACUAGAUUUUUACUCGAUCGCAACUACUGUGUAAUGACAAUGGAAAUCUAGUAAUUGGGCGAUUAUUAGAUUUUUUCUAGUUGCAACUAUCGAUUUAUCGCCCGAUAAUCGAUCGGUGUAACUAUUACUAGCUGCACCUGCAGACGCAUCUAGUUAAAAGUCCCUUUUCCAACUAGUAAUAUAGAUGACAAGUAGUCGUGUAUAGCCCGAUUACAGAUGAAAUGUAUCCAGAUUUUUCCCAUAGGUGAUAUUUGCUUGGGUAGAAGACCAUGGUCUUCUAUUUGGCUUUCAAGUCAUAUAAUCGGCAGUGGUCUUCUAACAGGGGUUGAUCUUCUAUUAUGGACGAGAGUUCAACUUUAGUCGAAAACUUCAGCUCAGCUUGACGGGAUGAUAAUGAUAUUGCCUUGACUGUAAAGGAAAGGAUCUUAUAGAAUAAAAUAUUAAUCCUCCUUUGAAUAGUAAUCCGUUUGUGUCCGAAUAGUAAAGGCAGUGUGUUUCUUCUCCACUUUGUCCUACCUGUCGGAUCAACGAAACGAUACAACAUUAUUUAUUAGAUUGCACUGUUUAUAAACGGGCAAGAAGACAAAUGAGGAAGAAAUUGAGCUUUCUAACUCA